AAUCUCGAUCUUACUCACAUUUGAAGAAACUGAGAGAUAUCAAAAUGGGUUCCAACAAGGCUCUUCUUCUCUUGGCUCUUUUGGUUGCUCUUGUUCUUGUAGUGUCCGCAAGCAGAGACCUCGCUCAGACUUCCGCUGAGAAGGAAAAUGGGGUGACCACUACUGAAACUUCCAACGUAGGCGGCCUUGAUGAUGCAAAGUAUGGUGGAUAUCAAGGCGGUAAUGGUGGAUAUGGAGGGUACCAAGGUGGUAAUGGCGGCCGUGGAGGGUACCAAGGUGGUAAUGGCGGCCGCGGAGGCUACGGUGGAGGAAACCCUGGUUAUGGAGGAGGACGAGGAGGAGGGUGUUACUAUGGCUGCUGCAGGCGCUUUAACUAUGGAAGAGGGUGCAGAAGGUGCUGCGCUUACGCUGGUGAGGCUGUUGAGGCUGCAGAACCCUAAACCAAACCUGGAUCACAAGCCAUAACGAAUAAAAGCGCAACCAUGUAGAUCAAUAUGAUCAAUGUGCAAUUGUGCAUGUUUAGAUUCAGGCUAGUAAUAAAUAAUGCAAAGCUUCAAGUUUUUCUGGCACUGUAAGCUAGGGAAUCUUGGCCUAGCUAGCUUCUUUUGUUAAUGUAUGUCUGUUUGUUUUUUGACAAGUAAUGUAUGUUUGUUUGCUUCGUUUACGUGGAACUGGUGGAAGCUCAAGCUGUUAGAUCUUCCCCUUCUAUAUGCAAUAAUAUUAUGUAGCUACUAUUUUGAGU